AUGUAUGGAAAUAUACUAGCUAAGCAAGACAGCGGUAUUCAGUUAUCUUGUCACAAGCACCCGGGAUCUUUAGAAUUAGCACUCCCCAUGUUUGGAGGUUUAGAGAUACCCUGGCUCUAUCACAGUUCGGAAUGCAUUACCCUUCUAAAAAUCUUAAGGUGCUACUGUGACAUACCACAAGCACGAUGUUGGUUGGCUAGCCCCCAUGGCGAACCCAGGGCAGUUGCAACCCCGUCGAGCAUUGGCAUAGCUCGCGGAGAUAUACUGCCAUACUGUCGCUGGUACAACAUCAAGAGAGUUGACUUCAGGGAGAUGGCGAUGAAAGGAGAGACACUCGUACUCACACGCAAAUCGGGAGGGGAGUGUUUCUACCAUGGAAAACAAGGACCCAUCGCGAGUGAAUUAAUACCCGAGUACAGAGCAAUUGGGCUGGGAUUCGUGGGGGAUGGCAGCCUGGCUGCCGGAUAUAUCUCUAAACGAACCUGCGUGUGGGUGCAGAGAUGGAUAUACUCUCAAGAAUCUCAGCUACAGGUUCCAUCAUUCGGGGGUGGGAAGGAAGCUGAAAAACUGCGUCUUGGUUUAUUCCGGUACUCUUUCCAUGUGGUUAUUGCAGCCCAAAGUUAA